AUGUUUGACACAAUGAUGCAGCAAGCCGUAUCGAUCAAAGCAGAACCGGACUGGAGUGACCUUUUGGUACCGGAGCCGGAUAAUCGCGCGCAAUAUGCACUCGAGAACGUUAUUCGCCAGCAACAGCAACAACAAUUGUUGCAACAGCAGCAGCAACAACAACAGCAGCAGCAACAACAACAACAACAGCAGCAGCAUCACCAACAACAACAACAGCAGCAGCAGCAACAACAGCAGCAGCAGCAGCAGCAGCAGCAGCAAUAUCAUUUGCGCAACGGCGGUGGCGGUGGAAAUCUGACGCAAAAUGCGAAUAAUCCAGCCGCGAUCGUAAACGGGGCUGCGGCCGGUUCAAGCGCUAGCCAGCAGUCGGGCGGAGCCGCCAGUGAAGACAACGAACCGCUGGACAUCAUCGAAGCGAUCGGUGAUUCGGAUGACAACGAUUUUGCUGAAGCGGAAUCGCUGACACUGCAGCAGUACAAGAAAGAUGAAAAGCUGUGCGAUUACUACCGCCGGAUGCCGGUGCUGUACGACAAAAGCCACCCGCACUACAAGUUCCAGUCGAAGAAGGAGAAGGCCUGGCGCGAACUGAGCCGGCUGUGCGAGAUGGAUGUGGAGCAGUGCAAGAAGCGCAUGACCUACUUCCGGUGCCGGUUCACGGUCGAGCGGCGCAUCAUGAAGAAUGGCGUCAACUGCAGCGAGUGGCCACUGCUCGAGAAGCUCAAGUUUCUCAACAAACACAUCAAAAUCCGGAGACCGCGUGCCCCGAACGGCGAACCGGACGAUACUGAUGAUGAGACUAACCCAAUGAACAUUCUGCGGAAGCGGCAGCGUGAACAGCAAGAGGACGUAAAGGACGAUCUGCACGCCUAUCUCGACCUGCAGCAGAUGGCAGUGGCGGCCCAAAACUCCCAAGCUCAACUCCACUACCAGCAGCACUUGAAGCUGCAGGGCCAUGGUCCGUUCGGUGCACCGCCCGGUGCCGGCUUCCCGUCCGCCCACGAUCCCAUGUCUCUGCAUCACCUGCAGCCACCGCACCCGCACCAGCGCGACCAUCAGCUGCCGCCACCGCACAGUAAUCAGCCGGGCGGUGGCGGUUCCUCGCAACCCGGUGGACCCGGCCAGCAGCAGGUGCCUCACUCGACGCCACUCGGCGCCAGCCAUCACCAUCAUCACCCGUUCGGGCGAGGCGGAAUGCCGGGUUCGGCCGGUGGUGGCCACCAUCAGCAUCAUCAUCCCCACGUACCGGGCGGUGCGUCCGGUAGUGCGGCUGCGGCCGCUCUACAGCACGGUGCGGGUGGUGGCGCCGGUUCCGGUCACCCGCAUCAUCACCAGCAACCGACACCGGUCGAGUCGCCGAUACCGGCCGCCAUGUCCAACGUGGAGGUGUCGUACGGUUUGCCGAAGCGAGCCCGCGUCAGCUACGACGGCGAUGAAGCCUCGCUGUCCAACUUUAACCUCAACCGCACGGUCAAGUAUCAGAACAAUCUGGAACAUCAGGCCCACCUGGACGAGCACGGUGCGUACGGACUGUACGUGGGCGAAGUGCUGCGCAAGCUACCGGAACGAAUAUCCUCGCUAACCUCGCUCAAGAUCAUGCAGCUGCUGUACGAGGCCCAGGUGCAGUCAUUCGAUGCCGCCCCGCCCGCCACCCCAAAACCUUCCUCCCAGUCGAAGGUUGGCAACGGCGAACAGCAGAGCAAUGGUACGGUGGGCGGUGGAGCGGGAGCGGCCACUUCUUCCUCCGGCAGCCUUCCGAACGGUGGUGGCGCCACCAGUGUCGCCUCGUCCGAGGGUGGCCGCCAGUCGACGGAGAGCGCAGAAUCGAUGAGCAACAAGGACUAGGCCAUAGCCCUCCCGUCCACUGCCGCUUGCCCACCACCUACCCCGUCGUCGGCGUCCCUGGUGCACUGGUG